UUGGAAGGAACCAGAGCUGUGAAUCUGGAACCCUGGUCACGUCAGCUAGGACGCUGCUUGGAAGCUCCUGGUCAGGUGGCUGGAACUGGUUUCCUGGGCAAAGCAGGACUGUUUCCCUGGGGUGUUGAGAUGGGAGGAGGAGGAAGGAAACCACCUCUGCUGACCUGGGCUCUUGGAUGCUGAAUUGGGAUCCAUUGGCCUCCUGAAGUAGGAAUGGACUACACCUAUAGAUCUCCGGAGAAGGUGGAAAUCUUCCUGGUUGGAACAGCUCUUGUAAGAGAACUUGGAGCAUUGGUGGAAGAGGUUGGGAGUUAAAUUAUUGUGCCUGAAUCUGCCACAUCAGAAUCCAUCCCAGAGAUUUGGAGAUAACCCCCUCCUGCAUUUUCUGAGAAGAUCCUGAGUUCAGCUUCGGCUUUUCUGCCUCCACCAUGUCGGACCCGGAGGAUGAGGAUGGUGAAACUUGUUGGAACAACCUGGAAAGCUUCCGUGUGAAGCUGAUUUCGGUGAUCGACCCUUUCAGAAUAACGCCUUACCUCCGGCAGUGCCGAGUCAUCAACCACGAUGACGAGGAGCAGGUCCUGAAUGAUCCCAGCCUGGUACUCCGGAAAAGGAAAACAGGACUGCUCCUAGAUCUCCUCCAGAGAACGGGCAAAAAGGGGUUUGUGGCUUUCCUGGAGAGUCUGGAAUUGUACUACCCACAUCUCUACAAGAAAAUAACAGGCAACGAGCCCACCCGGGUCUUCUCCAUGAUAAUAGGGUUCCUCUGCUCUGCAGACACGGCGGGAGAGUCCGGCCUGAUGGAAGUGCUGAUGAGCGAGGUCUCAAAGCUGCAGGCGGCCGUCCGAGAAGAGAGGCAGAAGGUCCAGGAGCUGAACGUGACCCUCAGCACCAAGGAGGACACCAUCAAGGAGAUGAGGGUGAGGGACAGCGUCCUGCGCAAGUACCAGGAGCGGGCGCACAAGGUGAAGGAGGAGAGGGACUCCCUCAGCAAGGAAUUGAUGCUGUGCCGAGAGGAGAACUACAAGCUGGCCAUGAAGUACGCCAAGCAGAGUGAGGAGAAGAAUGUGGCCCUGAUGAAGAACCGGGACCUACAGCUGGAGAUCGACUGCCUGCAGCACAGCCUGAUCAAGGCUGAAGAUCACUGCAGCCUGGAACGGAAGCACACGCUAAACCUGAAGGAAGCCAUGGAGCAGCGGCCUAGCCACGAGGCGGUGUGGGAAAUCCAGCGGGAGAAGGACCUGCUGUUGGCCAAGAACAAGGAGCUGGAGAGCACCCUGCAGGUCACCAAGAACGGCAGCUCCGAGAAGGACGGGGUCUCCCUCCAGGCUCUCGAGGCCGAGUGGAGGCGGGUGCUGAAGGAGCAGCAGGAGCUGGUGAACACUACCUGUGAUUUACGCCAAGCGCUCCAGAGAGCCGAAGACAGGCGGGAUAAACUUGUAGGAGAAAAGGAGCUCCUGGAACUGAGAUGCACUUCCUUGCAAAACGAUAAUCAAAUUUACCAAAAUCGUAUCAAGGCUAUUUUAAAACAGCUGGAAGAGGUGGCUGCUGAAAGAGAUCAGGCUCUUCUGACCCAGGAGGAAUGCCACAAGCAAUACUCCCAAGGCCUGAGAGAGAAAGACAGCUACCGGAAGCAGAUCCGGGAAUUUGGGGAACGUUGUGACGAACUUCAGCUCCAGCUCUUCCAGAAAGAGGGACGGCUGCUGAGUGCCGAAACCCAGCUGAAACGGCUGUGUCGCGAUCCCUCCACCAUGGCUUCAGAUCUUGAAGAAAACUCAUCCCGCAGCUCUCAAGAGCUGACUCCCCAGGGAAAUCCAGACGAAGAUAGGAAAGGCACCAAGCCAAGGAGGAGCCCAGUGGAUGGGGACCUGCCAGAGAAAGGGCAUCGGCGAAUGAAGGACAGUUUUGAGCAUUAUCGGAGAAAGAGAGCUCUACGAAGGGUGCAGGAGAGCCGCUAUCACGAAGCUUACUGGGAACAUUCCUCAGGAAGCGACAACACAGACACCGAAGGCUCCUGACUGACCUGUCGGCUACCUGGAGGGAGACGUGGAGAAUUUAGGGGACUCUUCAACUGAUCUCCAACCCAUCCUCUUCUCAUUCACAAGCAACAUGGGCAGCGGGAGGACUAAAUAAGUGAAUUAUUUUGCCGGGACCACCUAGAUUUUACAUCCCUAUCCAGCUGACUUAAUGAUGCUGUCCAGAUUCCUUCCCACCGUCUGAAGGACUUGGGGAUCUGGAGCAGGUUUGGGUUCCGGCCAAAGAAGACUCAGUGGCUGUGGGGUUUAGCCAACCCAUCCACCAUCUGGAUUUCAGAUUCUAGAUUUUCUGUUUAUAUAUUGGCUGUUGCUUCUUUUCUCUUUUGAUUCCUGGUGCGUUUAUGUGAUAUGCCACCCAGAAAUCACACUGACUGAGUUUGUCAGCAAUUAUUACAGGUAGUUCUCGAAUUCUGACCGGUCGCUUAGUGACAACCCAAUUUCAAAGUUACAGCUACUUUAGUGCUACCAAUUGUUUCUCCUCCCACUGAGCCAAAGAACUCUGCAGCAUUCCACCCUGCCUGCCGGCCUGCCUUUUCCAACCCACAUCCCUUUAGGCUUUGGGCCUUCUUCCCAUCCUGCUGAGUCCCACACCCUCCUCUCCAUUCUCAUCACUCAAGUUUUACUGUAGAUCAGGGGUCCCCAGUCCCUGGGCUACGGCCCACCACUGGGCCAUGAGCUGUUCGGAAUCGGGCUGUGGUAGGUGAGCGCACGCACACACAUGCAUGCAUCCUGUGCAUCAGCAGCAGCCAAGCACAUACACACACUCAAUUUGCUGGCCAUUCAUGUGGAACCAUCCCCCCCCUCCACCAGCCAGUCCACAAAGCCAGGAAGGUUGGGGAAUUCUGCUGUAGAUCUUCUGGAAUCUCCAGAGAUGUUGGGGAAGGAGAGAGGUCUUCUGUGUCCCUGCCCCAUGUGACUCCAUGCCAGAAGUAGGAAACAUUUCAGAUGGACAAUUUUUUGCAGCCGCUUUGAAAAUAGUGCACUUCCAGGCAGUGCUGUGCAGCCUGCAGGGAUGCUGAGGGUGGAGCGGCCUGCUCUCCUAAAUGUUUUUAAUAUAAGGUAGUCCUUAUAUAAGGUAGUCCUAGAAUUACAAAUUUAUUUAGUGACUGUUUGAAGUUAUAACAGCACUGAACAAGGGAUUUAUGGCCGUUUUCUCCAUUUAUGACCAUUGCAGCAUCCCCGUGGUCACAAUAAAAAUUUGGAUCUUGGCCACUGACUCAUACUUAUGACCAUUGCUGUGUCCAGGGGUGAUUUGUUCCCCUUUUGCGACUUUUUAACAAGCAGUCAAUGGGGAAGCCAGAUUCACUUAACAACCGUAUUACUAAUUUAACAGCUGCAGUGAUUCACCUAACAUCUGUGGCAAGAACGGUAGAGCGAGUGGGGAGGUGUGCGCGCACAGAUGUGCGCAUACAGGCCAACCACUCACAUAGCCCGGUAGUGGGCCAUGGCCCACAGGUUGGGGACCCCUAAUCUAGACUCCACAUUUUCUGCUAUUCCAAGUCUCAGGUGCAAUCGGUUAUCUUUGUUUGAUCAUUUGCUUAUAGACACAACAAAUGUACUGAAUGUAUGUUAUCAUUUAUUUCUGUACCUUAUAGACGACUUGAUUCCCCCUUAAUAAAUGCCGUUGCUUUGCCCGA